AGCCACGCCCCCUUUCCCUCACGCCGCUGCGGGUCGCGGAGACUCGCGCGCUCUCCAGCUCCACCGCCGCCACCGCCGCCGCCAGUCGGGCUCCGCCGCCUCCCCCUUCUCAGCCCCGCCGGCGUCACCAUUUCCAGCCGCUGCUCGCCGUGAUGGCAGCUUCUCCGCACAAGAAGAUGGCGAGUCAACAGAUUGCUGUGCCAUUUCUCCACACAUGUCACGCGAGGUCUGACAGACAGUUUUCUCGGUCGUCCUAUCAAGACCGGAACAGAUUCCAGCAUCAGUCAUGGCGGCCCUUUCGAGCUGGCGGCGGUCACCCUUUCCGCAGGGGGAAGUGACUCGAACCCGAGUCGUCCCAUAGGCGGCCGCCUGUCCCUCUAUGCGGAUCAAUGGGACGAGAUCACGUCAGACGCAUGGGUCAGGUCCACAGUUCGUCAGGGUCUCAGGGGAUCCGGGCUUCCCUCAGGUGGUGGAUCUCUCCAGCCAUCCAACGGGGCUGCUCCUUCUGGGAACCGGACAGAGUGUGACCACGGACACGAGUAUUUUCGGUUGGGGGGCCCUGGUGGGCUCUCACUUGGCCUAGGGGACCAUAAAGGGACAGAAGGUGUGCAGGACCUAAAGGACCUCCCGAUACGACUCUUCUCUGGUGCUUUCCUUCUUACUGAAAACUCAGCGUCUGCCCAUAUACCUUAGUCACCCAUUCAAUUUUCUGAGUAUCUUGGAAAACCAUGGGGAUUGGCAAAAACACUACUUCGAAAUCCGUAGAAACUGGAAACCCAGCAGAGGCCAAGUAUGAAGAUGAAGCCAAGCACACAGCUUUCUUUACGUUGCCAGUUGCAAUAAGUGGAGGAGCAACCUCAAGUGGCGAUCAAGAUACAGAAGACACAGAACUUAUGGCAAUCUAUACCACAGAAAAUGGAAUUGCAGAAAAGAGUUCUUUGGCAGAAACCCUCGACAGCAGUGGAAGCUCAGACGUACAAAGAACGGACAUGAUCUACACCAUUGAGGAUGUCCCACCCUGGUAUCUCUGCAUAUUCUUGGGGUUACAGCAUUACCUGACCUGUUUCAGCGGCACCAUAGCAGUGCCCUUCUUGCUAGCAGAUGCCAUGUGUGUUGGAAUUGAUCAGUGGGCCACCAGCCAGUUGAUUGGAACCAUAUUUUUCUGUGUUGGAAUCACAACUUUGUUGCAAACAACAUUUGGGUGCAGGUUACCCUUGUUUCAGGCCAGUGCUUUUGCAUUCUUGGCUCCCGCUCGAGCCAUCCUCUCUCUGGACAAAUGGAAAUGUAACAACACAGCUGUGAUGGCUACAAACGGAACCUCGGAGCUGCUGAGCACAGAACAUAUCUGGUACCCCAGAAUACGAGAGAUCCAAGGUGCUAUUAUCAUGUCUUCUUUGAUAGAAGUGGUCAUUGGGUUCCUGGGGCUGCCCGGAGCACUCCUGCGAUACAUUGGACCUCUGACUAUCACACCCACGGUAGCUCUCAUUGGGCUCUCCGGGUUCCAGGCUGCAGGCGAGAGAGCAGGCAAACACUGGGGCAUAGCCAUGCUGACUAUUUUCUUAGUGCUGUUGUUUUCUCAGUAUGCCCGAAAUGUCAAAUUACCGUUACCCAUUUACAAGUCCAAAAAAGGAUGGACUGCCUAUCGCUUGCAGCUUUUUAAAAUGUUUCCGAUCAUUCUAGCCAUCCUGGUUUCUUGGCUGCUCUGUUUCAUCUUUACUGUGACAGAUGUCUUUCCGCCCGAUAAGACUAAGUACGGAUUCUACGCUCGCACGGAUGCCAGGCAAGGAGUUCUCCUGGUAGCUCCCUGGUUCAAGAUCCCAUAUCCCUUUCAGUGGGGAUUACCAACCAUUUCAGCUGCCGGUGUGAUUGGGAUGCUCAGCGCUGUGGUUGCAAGCAUUAUAGAAUCCAUUGGUGAUUAUUACGCCUGUGCAAGAUUAUCUUGUGCUCCUCCACCACCCAUCCAUGCAAUAAACAGGGGCAUUUUCAUAGAAGGCCUUUCCUGUGUCUUAGAUGGAGUAUUUGGCACCGGAAAUGGGUCGACUUCUUCUAGUCCUAACAUUGGAGUUUUGGGAAUCACAAAGGUUGGAAGCCGACGAGUUAUCCAGUAUGGAGCUGCUUUCAUGCUGCUUCUUGGAACAGUUGGGAAAUUUAGUGCCCUGUUUGCAUCUCUUCCAGAUCCAGUGCUUGGAGCUCUGUUUUGUACUCUCUUUGGAAUGAUCACUGCAGUUGGACUUUCAAACCUGCAAUUCAUUGAUCUGAAUUCUUCUCGGAACCUUUUUGUUCUUGGAUUUUCUAUCUUCUUUGGGCUGGUGCUCCCAAGUUACCUUCGGCAAAACCCACUUUUUACAGGAAUCGUCAGCAUCGAUCAAGUCCUAAACGUCUUGCUGACGACCGCCAUGUUUGUCGGUGGCUGUGUGGCCUUUAUUCUAGAUAACACCAUUCCAGGAAGCCCAGAGGAAAGAGGGAUCCGGAAGUGGAAGAAGGGCUCAGGCAAGGGCAGGAAAUCGCUGGAAGGCCUGGAAAGCUACGACUUGCCCUUCGGCAUGGAGUUCAUCAAGAAGUAUCGGUGCUUCAGCUUCCUGCCCAUCAGCCCCACCUUCCUGGGCUAUAGCUGGAAAGGCUUCCGGAAAGGCAGCAACUGCGGGGCCUCGGAGGACGAUUCGGAGGCCACCGUAUAGCCCCGGCUGGACCUCGGUCUCUCGGCCAUCGUAACAGAACCUUGUGCAGUUUCUUCUCGCUAUUUUACUGUGUCGUAUUGUAUUGUAUUUUUAUUUUUAUUAUUUUGUAUAUUUGCAUUUUUAAAUCCUGGAAACUUAGAGCUGAGGCAGGUGAUUAAAAGAAAGAAAAAAUA